GAACGGGGGGGGAUUACCCAAAUUUUCAGCAUGUGAUCGCAGCGAGCUUGAGACAGGGGAAGAGCAACAACAACGCAGACAAAAACACCACCUGUGAACAAUUACAUGUUGUACUCAGCCGUGACACCAACUGGCCUGUUAUGACAAAAUGACAGUAAUCCUGCGAUUGCGAGGCCUUGAUGUGAAGGCAGGAGCAGAAGAUAUAAGGGUAUUCUUUAAACGCCUUCACAUACCAGAUGGUGGAGUUUACAUAGUGGGAGGAAGUCUCAGAGAGGCUUUUAUUGCAUUUACGACUGAAAGAGAUGCCCAGCUUGCCAUGCAGUACUCUGGACAUUUACUCAAAGGGUCUCAGGUGACUCUACACAUAAGCAGUAUGGCAGAACUGGAGCACAGAUUAGAGUCACUGAUAAAGAAUAAGAAGAAGGAGAAACCUUCCCCCACACAGCUGACUGUCAAGAGACCUCAACCAUGUCAAGAUGCAAAUCUGCCAUUUUUGAAUACAUCGCCUCAUGAUCAGAAACCUGCAAAUCUACCACCUUCUGCUACAUGGCCACUUGAUCUCAACACUGCAAAUGUGCCACAGUCUCUGAGUCCCAAUACUGUAAAUCUACAAACUUCUGUGCAGUCACUUGAUUCAAAUACUGCCUUUCUACUUGGGAUUUGUACUGUCCUUCAAGGACUCCAGUCAUCAAAUCAAAGAGAAAGCAACGAGACAGGGCCAAGAGUCCCCAAGGCUGACAGCCCAGGUGUUGUGUCUAAUGUGGCAGAACUAACUCUGAACUCAAGGCCUGGCUACGUCAGGCUCUUUGGUCUGCCAGCCUCAACUACAAAAGAGGACAUCUGCCAUUUCUUCAGAGGGUUGGCAGUACAGGAAGCCAUAGUGAAUGUGAAGUUGGGACUUAGCCACGUCUGCCUUGUGAAGUUUGCAAACAUGCAGGAUGCAUGUGAUGCUCUUCGUUUCAAUCAACAGUCACUGGGCCCCAACUGUGUGGAGGUACGUGGAGCUUCUGAGAAGAUGUGGACCAGUGCGCUGCAAGAAUGUGAAAAUGCAUUUGAUGAUGGAGAGAGUGUGAGACCCCACCAAAACCCUCUUAGGGAAACUGCAGACCACAAACAGAAAUCCACUCUUGCACUGCAGAGUAAAAAGCGAUCUGACAACCAGUUCACAUUUAAAUCACCAAAAAAGCCAAGAUUAGACUGUGACUCAACAGCUACCUUAUCACCAACUAUGGAGCACGUGGUCAUGGUCAGUAAUCUGUCCAAAAAUAUGACGAAGACUGAAAUAAAAGAAUUAUUCGGAUGUCCAAACAUUGCACAGAAAAAUGUACUCCAUCUGCUUGACAAGGAAGGCCAGAGGACAGACACAGCUUUUCUUAUUUUUAACCACACUGAGGAUUAUCACUAUGCUAUGAAUCUCACUGGUUGCCACGUGGGCUCUAAUGCUAUUAAGGUAUCAUCAAUCACUAAGGAGACGAUGAGGGACUUAAUGGCCAAAACUCAUCCAAGGGGUCUUAAGCAUUGUCUGACGAUUGAUGCAAAGAAGAAACCAAAUCGAAAGACGAAAUCAGAUCCAUUUGAGAAACCAGAAGAAACACCAAGAGUGAACCCGGAUUCAACUGCUCAAACGUGCCUGUUUCUUAGAAACAUGCCUGCAGAUGUGCAGAAAAGUCAAAUAAAAAACCUUUUCUCCAAAUACAAACUGAGGAAGGAUAAUAUUAUUUUACUGCAUGAUGGUGAUGGAAAGGGUAUCGGUGAAGCUGUGGUUCAGUUCAAGUCCCAAAAGCUUGCAGCUCUGGCUCAGAGGCUCCACGGUCAGGACUUCCUGGGGACACAAGUGCUUCUUACCAGCAUAAAUGUCAAACAGAUGGAGGAAAUCUUGGCUAGAAGUGUUUGAAGAAUUUGAACGUUAAUCCUCCAAUGCAGACGCUGUGGCCAAAGACCGAUUCUGAGAGCUUCAUUUUCUCUUCAAGAUGUUUGUCUUCCAGAUGUAAUUCUGCCUGACUGCAUCUACGUAUUAAUGUCUUCACCAAAUUCAGUUAUCAUUUUUAAACACUUUUACACAUUUCUCUCUGUGAAUAUUCUGUACAUUUUGAAAUAAAUGUUCUAACGCUG